AUGAUGAAAACUGUUGUUGGAAAUGGAUGUUCACAUCCCUGACUGAUCUGACCACCUGGGAUCCUUGUGGUUUGUUCUAUAUUCCUUACUUUUUUACCUUCCAGGGGUAUCACCAUUUAUUGACCAGUGGAUUAAUAGUUCUAGUCUGCACUCAAAAUCCCUUUGACUGCUUGUCUAGGGCUCCAGGUUAUAGAAGCAAAUCAUCAUGUCUGAUCCUGUUGCUCUGUGCAGCAUUAAGAAAUUUGGAGAGGAUAAUCAUGCUUUUGACUUGGAUAGUUCAAAUAACGGCUUUGAGAAACCAGAGUAUUUCUGUAUAAAUGAGGAACCGCCUCCAAAGAAGAAAAAGGGGGACAAGUCAUCAAACAAGAAAGAAAACAGUAUUCGGAUUGGCUUCUUUGAACUGUUUCGAUUUUCUUCAUCUUCUGAGAUUUUCAUGAUGACUUUCGGUAGUUUCUGUGCUAUUCUUCAUGGAGCAGCCCAGCCAUGCAUGUUGCUUGUCUUUGGUAUAAUGACAGACACAUUUAUUCAAUAUGACAUUGAGAAGCAGGAGCUUAGAGAUCCAGGCAAAACAUGUGUGAAUAACACCAUAAUGUGGAUCAACAGUUCCCUUCACCAAAAUGAAACUAUCCCAUCAAUAAGUUGCGGGUUACUGGACAUUGAAAGUGAAAUGACCACAUUUGCAGCUUACUAUGCAGGAAUUGGCUGUGCAGUGCUUGUGCUGGGAUACCUCCAAAUCUGCCUUUGGGUAAUAUCUGCAGCUCGACAGAUUCAGAAAAUCAGGAAAGCUUAUUUCAGGAAAGUAAUGAGAAUGGAUAUAGGCUGGUUUGAUUGCACAUCAGUUGGAGAAUUGAAUACACACCUUUCUGACGAUGUUAAUAAAAUCAGUGAUGCUAUUGCUGAUCAAGUAGCGAUCUUUAUCCAGCGCUUCAGUACCUUUAUUUGUGGAUUCCUGUUAGGAUUUGUCAGUGGCUGGAAACUGACUUUGGUCAUUAUUGCAGCUAGUCCAUUGAUUGGGAUUGGAGCAGCCAUCUAUGGCUUGGCUGUAGCCAAACUGACAAGCCGAGAGUUAAAUGCCUAUGCAAAAGCUGGGGCUGUGGCUGAUGAAGUGCUCUCAUCCAUCAGAACUGUGGCAGCUUUUGGUGGGGAGAGGAAAGAAGUUGAAAGAUAUGAUAAAAACCUAGUGUUUGCUCAGCGCUGGGGAAUUAGAAAAGGGAUAAUAAUGGGAUUCUUCACUGGUUACAUGUGGUUUAUAAUAUUCCUAUGUUAUGCAUUAGCCUUUUGGUAUGGCUCACAACUUGUCCUGGAAGAAGAAGAGUAUUCGCCAGGGACUCUUCUACAGGUUUUCUUUGGAGUCUUAAUAGGUGCUUUAAAUCUCGGUCAAGCUUCUCCUUGUUUGGAGGCUUUUGCCACUGGACGUGGGGCUGCAACAGGCAUCUUUGAGACAAUAGAUGAAAAACCUACCAUUGACAGUAUGUCAGAGAAUGGCUACAAACUGGAUAAAGUAAAAGGUGAAAUUGAGUUCCAUAAUGUAACAUUCUAUUACCCAUCCAGGCCAGAAGUAAAGAUUUUGGAUAACCUCAACAUGGUUAUUAAAUCAGGGGAGACAACUGCUUUUGUUGGACCAAGUGGAGCUGGGAAAAGCACUGCAGUGCAGCUUAUCCAGCGAUUCUAUGACCCUAGUGAAGGCAUGGUUACUCUGGAUGGCCAUGACAUUCGCUCCCUUAAUAUUAGGUGGCUGCGCUCACAGAUUGGUAUUGUUGAGCAAGAGCCAGUCCUGUUUGCUACCACAAUUGCAGAGAACAUUCGUUAUGGGCGAGAUGAAGCAACUAUGGAAGACAUCAUCAAAGCAGCCAAGGAGGCCAACGCCUACAACUUCAUCAUGGAUCUGCCCCAGCAAUUUGAUACACAUGUGGGUGAGGGUGGAAACCAGAUGAGUGGAGGUCAGAAACAAAGGAUAGCUAUUGCUCGCGCCCUUGUCCGAAACCCAAAAAUCCUGCUACUGGAUAUGGCAACAUCAGCACUGGACAACGAAAGUGAAGCUAUUGUCCAUGAAGCGCUUCAUAAGGGUCAUCUAAACCGCACUGCAAUCUCAGUGACUCAUCGUCUCUCCACAAUCAAAACUGCUGAUGUCAUCAUAGGGUUUGAGCAUGGAAGGGCUGUUGAGAGAGGAACACAUGAGGAGCUGCUGGAAAGAAAAGGGGUUUAUUUUACACUGGUGACUUUGCAAAGCCAAGGAGACAAAACACUUAAUGAAACAGCAGUAAAAAUAACAGAAAAUAACUUGCUUGAGCCAAACCUUGAGAGAGUGCAGCAUUUUAGAAGAGGGAGCUAUCGAGCCAGCUUGCGAGCUUCAAUUCGGCAGCGUUCCAGGUCUCAGCUCUCUAAUGUGGUACCUGAACAUCCAUUCGCCAUUGCAGGAGACCACUCAGAUGCUGUAUACAAUAUGCUGCAUUAUGAUGAAGACUUUACAUCUUCUAAAAAGGAAACUUUUGUUAAUGACAAAGAAGGGGAAGUGGAACCUGCACCAGUUGCAAGGAUUUUGAAAUACAAUGCUCCAGAAUGGCCUUACAUGUUGUUUGGAUCUUUUGGAGCAGCUGUGAAUGGGUCACUCAGUCCACUCUAUGCUCUGCUAUUCAGUCAGAUUCUUGGGACCUUUUCCAUUCUUGAUGAGGAAGAGCAAAGAUACCAGAUAAACACAAUCUGCCUGCUCUUUGUGUUUGUUGGUGUUAUGUCACUUUUCACACAAUUCCUACAGGGAUAUGCAUUCGCUAAGUCUGGUGAGUUGCUUACAAGACGAUUAAGGAAAAUUGGUUUCGAGGCUAUGCUGGGGCAAGAGAUUGGUUGGUUUGAUGACCACAGAAACAGCCCUGGUGCUUUGACAACAAGACUUGCUACAGAUGCAUCACAGGUUCAAGGGGCUACUGGAUCUCAGAUAGGAAUGAUUGUCAACUCCCUUGCCAACAUUGGAGUGGCCAUUGUCAUCGCUUUCUAUUUCAGCUGGAAACUAAGUCUUGUUAUACUUUGCUUCCUGCCCUUUUUAGCCUUAUCUGGGGCUGUCCAGGCUAAAAUGCUGACAGGAUUUGCUUCUCAAGACAAGCAAGCUCUGGAAGCUACUGGGCAGAUUUCCAGUGAAGCCCUCUCAAACAUCAGGACUGUAGCUGGAAUAGGAAAAGAGAAAAUGUUUAUUAAAGCAUAUGAAGAACAGCUUGAAAAGCCCUAUAGAGCUUCAACCAACAAGGCAAAUGUUUACGGAAUUUGCUUUGGCUUUUCCCAGUGCAUAGUGUUCAUAGCCAAUUCUGUCUCAUACAGAUAUGGGGGGUUUUUAGUUGAGAGUGAAGGGCUUCAUUAUAGCUACGUUUUCAGGGUGAUCUCUUCUAUUGUAACCAGUGGAACUGCUUUAGGAAGAGCUUCUUCCUAUACUCCAAACUAUGCUAAAGCAAAAAUAUCUGCUGCACGGUUUUUUCAACUGGUGGAUCGUGUUCCUCUAAUCAGUGUUUACAGUGACAAAGGGGAAAAGUGGAAUGAUUUCAAGGGAAGCAUUACAUUUCUCAACUGUAAAUUCACAUAUCCUUCUCGGCCUGAUACACAAGUUUUGAAUGACCUCUCGGUGACAGUUAAACCAGGCCAGACGCUUGCAUUGGUUGGAAGUAGUGGAUGUGGCAAAAGUACCUGUGUCCAGCUUCUGGAGCGUUUCUAUGAUCCUGAGAAGGGAAGUGUGUUAAUAGAUGGACAUGACACCAAGAAAGUAAAUAUACAAUUUCUUAGAUCUAAAAUUGGAAUAGUAUCCCAGGAACCUGUGUUGUUUGACUGCAGUAUUGCUGAUAAUAUUAAAUAUGGCAAUAAUACCAAGAAGAUCACUAUGGAGAAAGUUACAGAAGCGGCAAAGAAGGCGCAUCUUCAUGACUUUGUUAUGUCACUUCCUGCGAAAUAUGAAACUAAUGUGGGAGCUCAGGGAUCUCAGCUCUCUCGUGGGCAAAAGCAACGCAUUGCUAUAGCACGGGCUAUCAUACGUGAUCCUAAAAUUUUAUUACUAGAUGAAGCAACAUCUGCCUUAGACACAGAAAGUGAAAAGACUGUGCAAGCUGCAUUGGAUAAAGCACGAGAAGGGCGGACCUGCAUUGUCAUUGCACACCGUCUGUCUACAAUUCAGCAUUCUGAUAUCAUCGCUGUCAUGUCUCAAGGAGUCAUUAUUGAAAAGGGCACUCACAGUGAACUGAUGGCCAUGAAAGGAGCUUAUUACAAACUUGUCACGACUGGAGCACCUAUUAGCUGAUUUAAAACACUCUGUAAAGUUAAAAGAUAUAUUUUUUCCAAAUGAGUCCUCUGAAGUUAGUAUGAAAUUCUUGGUACCUGUUUAAGUUAUUACAAAGUGCUGUACCAUAUGGUGAGUUACAUGGUACCCAAGCUAAAAAUACAUAAGGCUUUCUGAAACAAGCAAAUCUAUUAACUUAACCAGUAGGGCCAAACCUUUUAGGCAAGUGUGCCACAGACUAGCCCCACAUCCUCCUGGAGUGCCACUCUAAUCCUAUCCCUUACUCAAUCAACUGCUUCCUACUCUAUCUACUGCUGUGCUGCCUGUCUGCUGCCUAGUUUUCUAUGUUCCACACUCACAUGUGCAACAGGCUGGCCACCUGUAAACUAACCAGUAGGGUGAUUUGUUCAUGAAACAGUUUAGUUUAUUGUGCGUGGAAAAAGAAAAUUGUAAGUAGAAAAGCUCUUUAGUUGGGAGUUGCCCAAGGAUAAGGUAUGUACAUAAAAGGAAACAGCUCUGCAGUGCUUUUCUUACUUAACAAAUGGCAAUCAAAGAAGAAUCCACUCUGAAUCGCAUCACAUAAAGCCAAAAUCAAAGUAUAUACCCUAUUAUGAAUGCACACCAUCUCCUCUAACCUUUUCCUCUUGUCCACUUAGACUGUGAACUCUUUGGGACAAGGACUGUCUAUGUCUAUGCCUGGUGCCUAGGACACCGAGGCCCUGAUCUUGUCUGGAGCAUAUACUUAACUGGAGUAGGCGCUACUGUAAUAGAAAUAAUAAAUGACUAUAAAGAAAUGUGCUUCACUCCAUCGUAAAAGAAAACUGAGAAGAGGAACAAAAGGUGGAAUAAAGUCUAUUUUUCCUUAGUGGGGCCACUUUGUAAAAUACUCUAAAUGAAUUCAUUUGAAUAGGAAUAAAUGCAUUAGUUAAAUCAAAUAAUACUGAAAUAAAUUUUCAGUGUGAUUUUAAUUUUAUCUUACCUUGAAAGAGUACUAGGGAAAUAGAGAAUAUUACUUUGCUCAUCCCUGGGGUCUGAAUCUGAUUUAUAAGGAAAGUUUAAAUUCUAUAAAGCUUAAAAAUAAAAAAUAUAUUAUUUAUAAAGUUAGAUAGGGCUUGAUCCAGCUUCUGUUAAGGUCAAAAGGAGUUUUUCCAUUGAUUUUUUGUUUAAUGGAAUCAGGCCUGAAGCAGUAUGACAUUUCUGGUGUUCAUAUGAUUUUAACUUAAAACCUGAUUACAAGAUAUGGCCUUGGAAUAUUAUUAAUUGGAACAAGUCAUAGUCUGAGUACACUGACAUCUGUUCACCUUGCACUAUGAUAAGGAUUUCACAGCUAAAUAAUAUAUCAGUAUUAAUUACUGAAACUUGAAUGAGUCAAGGAUGAAAAACCUUCUCACAAUCUCUCUCUUGAGAUUUAAUUAUUAUGGGCAAAGAAAAGAGAAUGUAAAUUCUUGUGUAAUACCCUUAUUAGAAUCAAAGACCAUAUGAUGUUUUACAACUGACCUUGAAAAUUAACCUUUUCCAAACAAAGGCUGGCUACAAUCAGCAUUUCAUUUUUAAGUCCUUGUGAAAUUGUAGAAGGAAGCUUCUUUACAUGCCUUUUUUAAAUCACUUUUUUGUUGGAUCAGCAACACUGGACUUUGACUGGCUGAGAAUUAAAAUAUUGAAGUAGCUGUUAUGCUGGGCCAAGACCAUGCUCUUAACAUUUUAUGAUGUGGCAAGGGUAUGGGGUAAAAAAAUCAAAACAGUACCUUCUUCAGUAGAGGAGACGUUAUUUUGCACAUUUUUUCCUCUUUCCUAUUAGCACCAUGAUAUCAACAAAAAGGGGGAACAAAGAUGAGAGAACUAUAAUUUUGCUAUAAAUAAUUUAUAAAAGCCUCAUCACAGUGUAGUAAAAGCAGGAUUAAAGUAUCUGGAAUUACUUUGUAGUAUUUCUUCUCUUUUUUAAAAUUGUUGUGCUUAUCACACACCACAAACCUAUAUGUUACUGAUACUAAAGUCCUUUGGUACUUAUGCACAUAAAAAUAAUUGCAGUGUAUUUUAAUUAAUGUGGAAAUUGUGUAAUUACUAAGUCUAUUCUGUAAGAGAAUACCAACCUUGUAGACCUAUUUAUGACAAUAAAAGAAAAAUAAAUUCCUUAGUAGCUGA